GGUUGCUUAGCUGCAGAAGUGAGGGCUGGACGUGGAAAUGUGGUGACGGGAAUCAAGAAAAAAAUGGAUAUCAUGCUGGCACGCUAACCCAAAUACUGACGCAAACGUAAUUUAAAAUACCAUUUAACAAUUGAUUGUUAUAUCAACAGGACAUCAUUACCUAGGCCCCAGGUUGCUCCUCUCCUUCCCAUAACUCUGCCCCAGUGGUCCUUAUUUUCAAUGAGUAGGAGGGCUAUGGAUUCUGGCCCAAGGAUGGAAAGACACCGGUUGUAGUUGGAUCUGGGGAUGUGCCAUGGGCUACGACGUCACCCGGUUCCAGGGGGAAGUGGAUGAGGACCUGCUGUGCCCCAUCUGCAGUGGAGUCCUGGAGGAGCCUGUGCAGGCCCCUCACUGCGAGCACGCCUUCUGCAAUGCCUGCAUCACCCAGUGGUUCUCCCAGCAGCAGAUAUGCCCCGUGGACCGCAGCGUGGUGACACUGGCCCACCUGCGCCCCGUGCCCCGCAUCAUGCGCAACAUGCUGUCCAAGCUGCAGAUCACCUGCGACAACGCCGGCUUCGGCUGCACCGCCGUGCUGCGCCUCGACCAGCUGCAGUCGCACCUCAGGGACUGCCAGCACAACCCCAAGAGGCCCUUCCAGUGCGAGCAGGGCUGCGGACUGGAGAUGCCUAAAGACGAGGUACCCAGCCACAACUGCAUCAAACACCUGCGCAGCGUGGUGCAGCAACAGCAGGGCAAGGUCACCGACCUGGACAAGACUACUGCUGAACACAAGCACCAGCUAGCAGAGCAGAAACGGGACAUCCAGCUGUUGAAGGCGUACAUGAGAGCCAUCCGCAGUGCCAACCCCAACCUGCAGAACCUCGAGGAGACCAUUGAGUACAAUGAGAUCCUAGAGUGGGUGAACUCCCUCCAGCCAGCGCGUGUCACCCGCUGGGGCGGCAUGAUCUCGACACCGGACGCUGUCCUCCAGGCGGUCAUCAAGCGCUCGCUCAUCGACAGCGGCUGCCCGCCUUCCAUUGUCAACGACUUGAUCGAGAACGCCCACGAGAGGAACUGGCCCACCGGCCUGGCCACGCUGGAGACGCGGCAGAUGAACCGGCGCUACUAUGAGAAUUACGUGGCCAAGCGUAUCCCCGGGAAACAGGCAGUGGUGGUGAUAGCCUGUGAGAACCAGCAUAUGGGUGAGGACAUGAUCCUGGAGCCAGGCCUGGUCAUGAUCUUCGCCCACGGGGUGGAGGAGAUACUAUGACCCGGCUGAGGGUGGUGGAGAGCAGAGGGGAGACUGACCUGAACUGAGUAGAGGAGGGAGCAGGGGAUGCUUUAACUCUACAGUUGCAUCCCAAAUGCAACCCUGUUCUCUAUGGGCCCUGGUCAAAAGUAGUGCACUGUAAAGGGAAUAGGGUGCCUAUAAGAUAGUAAGAGGAGGGGAAGAGCCUAUGACAAAGCAGGGAUUAGGGAGAUAUGACACCAGCACCAGUAGACGGGUAUAGGGCAGGAGGUUGGCAACAGGUGGCCCACGAGCCAAAACCAGCCCGCAAGUGUUUUUUUGGCCCACUAAAGCUUUUAGCAAUUUUGCGGCGAUUUUAGUUUUUUUGUCCAAAAAAUAAAUCGGCCAUUUUUUGUCCAAAAAAUACUAAAAUCACCAGGAAUUCAACUAAGAAUCUGUUGAAUUUAGGAAAUCUGUUCAAGUAUUCCCACUAAUAAAAUAAAAAAAAAGAGAGCUGUGAUCGUGUCUCAAUGUACAGUCGUGGCCAAAAGUUGAGUGACACAAAUAUUCAUUUCCACAAAGUUUGCUGCUUCAGUGUCUUAAGAUAUUUUUUUCAGAUGUUACUAUGGAAUACUGAAGUAUAAUUACAAGCAUUUCAUAAGUGUCCAAGGCUUUUAUUGACAAUUACAUGAAGUUGAUGCAAGGAGUCAAUAUUUGCAGUGUUAACCCUUCUUUUUCAAGACCUCUGCAAUCCACCCUGGCAUGCUGUCAAUUAACAUCUGUUCCACAUUCUGACUGAUGGCAGCCCAUUCUUGCAUAAUCAAUGCUUGGAGUUUGUCAGAAUUGGUGGGGUUUUGUUUGUCCACCCACUUCUUGAGGAUUGACCACAAGAUCUCAAUGGGAUUAAGGUCUGGGGAGUUUCCUGGCCAUGGACCCAAAAUAUCGAUGUUUUGUUCCCCGAGCCACUUAGUUAUCACUUUUGCCUUAUGGCAAGGUGCUCCAUCAUGCUGGAAAAGGUAUUGUUCUUCACCAAAUGGUUGGGAGAAGUUGAUUUCGGAGGAUGUGUUGGGACCAUUCUUUAUUCAUGGCUGUGUUCUUAAGCAAAAUUGUGAUUUAGCCCACUCCCUUGGCUGAGAAGCAACCCCACACAUGAAUGGUCUCAGGUAGAGGUCGACCGAUUAAUCGGAAUGGCCGAUUUAAUGAGGGCCGAUUUUCAAGUUUUCAUAACAACCGGAAAUCGGUAUUUUUUGGACACCGAUUUGGACACCUUUAUUUAAUCAUUAUUUAACUGCACAUGGUUGAUGAUAUUACUAGUUUAUCUAGCGAGUCCUGCGUUGCAUAUAAUCGAUGCGGUGUGUAUCAUUGCUCCAAUGUGUACCUAACCAUAAACAUCAAUGCCUUUCUUAAAAUCAAUACACAGAAGUAUAUAUUUUUAAACCUGCAUAUUUAGCUAAACAAAUCCAGGUUAGCAGGCAAUAUUAACCAGGUGAAAUUGUGUAUGUUCUCUUGUGUUUAUUGCACGCAGAGUCAGGGUAUAUGCAACAGUUUGGGCUGCCUGAUUUGCCAGAAUUUUACGUAAUUAUGACAUAACAUUGAAGGUUGUGCAAUGUAACAGGAAUAUUUAGACUUAUGGAUGCCACCCGUUAGAUAAAAUACGGAACGGUUCCGUAUUUCACUGAAAGAAUAAAUGUUUUGUUUUCGAGAUGAUAGUUUACGGAUUCGACCAUAUUAAUGACCUACGGCUCGUAUUUCUGUGUGUUAUUAUGUUAUAACUAAGUCUAUGAUUUGAUAGAGCAGUCUGACUGAGCGGUGGUAGGCAGCAGCAUGCUCGUAAGCAUUCAUUCAAAAAGCACUUUUGUGCGUUUUGCCAGCAGCUCUUCAUAGUGCUUCAAGCAUUGCGCUGUUUAUGACUUCAAGUCUAUCAACUCCCGAGAUUAGGCUGGUGUAACCGAUGUGAAAUGGCUAGCUAGUUAGCGGGGUGCGCGCUAAUAGUGUUUCAAACGUCACUCGCUCUGAGACUUGGAGUAGUUAUUCCCCUUGCUCUGCAUGGGUAACGCUGCUUCGAGGGUGGAUGUUGUGUUCCUGGGUCGAGCCCAGGUAGGAGCGAGGAGAGGGACGGAAGCUAUACUGUUACACUGGCAAUACUAAAGUGCCUAUAAGAACAUCCAAUAGUCAAAGGUAUAUGAAAUACAAAUGGUAUAGAGAGAAAUAGUCCUAAUAACUACAACCUAAAACUUCUUACCUGGGAAUAUAUACCUGGACUUAUGUUAAAAGGAACCACCAGCUUUCAUAUGUUCUCAUGUUCUGAGCAAGGAACUUAAACGUUAGCUUUCUUACAUGGCACAUAUUGCACUUUUACUUUCUUCUCCAACACUUUGUAUUAUUUAAACCAAAUUGAACAUGUUUCAUUAUUUAUUUGAGGCUAAAUUGAUUUUGAUGUAUUAAGUUAAAAUAAAAGUGUUCAUUCCAUUCAGUAUUGUUAUAAUUGUCAUCAUUACAAAUACAUUUUAAAAAUCGGCCGACUUUAAAUGGUAUCCGAUUUUUUGGUCCUCCAAUAAUCGGUAUCGGCGUUGAAAAAUCAUAAUCGGUCGACCUCUAGUCUCAGGAUGCUUUACUGUUGGCACGACACAGGACUGAUGGUAGCACUCACCUUAUCUUCUCCGGACAAGCUUUUUUCCGGAUGCCCCAAACAAUCGGAAAGGGGAUUCAUCAGAGAAAAUGACCCCAGUCCUCAGCAGUCCAAUUCCUGUACCUUUUGCAGAAUAUCAGUCUGUCCCUGAUGUUUUUCCUGGAGAGAAGUGGCUUCUUUGCUGCCCUUCUUGACACCAGGCCAGCCUCCAAAAGUCUUUGCCUCACUGUGCGUGCAGAUGCACUCACACCUGCCUGCUGCCAUUCCCGAGCAAGCUCUGUACUGGUGGUGCCCCGAGCCCGCAGCUGAAUAAACUUUAGGAGACGGUCCUGGCGCUUGCUGGACUUUCUUGGGCGCCCUGAAGCUUUCUUCACAACAAUUGAACCGCUCUCCUUGAAGUUUUUGAUGAUCUGAUAAAUGGUCAAUUUAGGUGCAAUCUUACUGGCAGCAAUGUCCUUGCCUGUGAAGCCCUUUUUGUGCAAAGCAAUGACGACGGCACGUGUUUCCUUGCAUGUAACCAUGAUUGACAGAGGAAGAACAAUGAUUCCAAGCACCACCCUCCUUUUGAAGCUUCCAGUCUGUUAUUCGAAAUCAAUCAGCAUGACGGAGUGACGGAGUGAUCUCCAGCCUUGUCCUCGUCAACACUCACACCUGUGUUAACAAGAGAAUCACUGACAUGUCAGCUGGUCCUUUUGUGGCAGGGCUGAAAUGCAGUGGAAAUGUUUUUGGGGGAUUCAGUUAAUUUGCAUGGCAAAGAGGGACUUUGCAAUGAAUUGCAAUUCAUCUGAUCACUCUUCAUAACAUUCUGGAGUAUAUGCAAAUUACCAUCAUACAAACUGAGGCAGCAGACUUUGUGAAAAUUUAUAUUUGUGUCAUUCUCAAAACUACAAUCUCUUUUUAGGCUAGUUGUGGUCAAUUUGCAGUGUACAAAUUAACAUUAUGUUCCGGCCCCCCGACCAUCCACUCCGACAGAAAUCGGAAUCUAGUUGCCUAUACCAUGACAAAUCAAGGGUUGGAGGGACAGGGAAAAAUAUAACAGGGGUCUCUAACUAAGAGGGUAGAGGAAAUAGAAGUGAAGGAUAAACAUCCUGAAGGAGACACUCAGUCAGGAUUCCCCUGCUCUGCCUUAAACACUUUUUUUUUUAUUUAGGGAAACUAACAAGGAUUUAUCAGUAAAGUGCAUAGGAAGGAAGAUUUUUUUUUUUUUUAUGUAAUCUCAAGGGAAACAAGAUUGUUGGCUAAUCUGCCUUCUCCCUGCCCCCUCUGCUGCUGACAAAAUAUCCCGUUGGCUCAGAUGUGUAAUGAGCUGGCUCAUACCCCCCAUGGCCUCUAGGUAUGUGAUUUCACCAGAAAGUCAUCUAUCAAUCAUGAAACUAACAUAUAGGCCAUCUAAGCAUACUUCAGUGCAAAAUCAUAAGGUUUUGAUCAUUGUGAUUGAAUGUUUUUCUGAGACUAUCUCUGUCAGGGACUACACAAUUCUUCAGGACCUUUGAGACAAUGUGGUUUCUUUAGCUCUCUGUAUCUAUUUCCAUGGCACUCUCUCUCCUCCCUGGGCUGAGAAAUGUGGAUUAUUUCCUGCUCAGGAGAAGGACUGCAUGCUUGGAUUGGUUAAGUGAAUCCUAUUGGAUGUGCGCCCCGGUAUGCACAUAGACGUGUGUGUGUGUGGGGGGGCUGAACGUAAAUGCAGAGCAUGUUUUAUCACAUUUUGGGGGGGGCAAUUUACAUUUUCCAUCAUUACAGUAUCACAUUUAAAAUGGUACCACCGUCCCCUUUGUCGACAACAGACCUUGUUUCUCCUCUGGAUGCAGAGCUAAUCAGGAAUGCCCUUGUUUAUCUUCGGGAUGCAGAGCUAAUCAGGGAUUCGGAGCUAAUCAGGAAUGCCCUUGUUUAUCCUCGGGAUGUGGAGCUAAUCAGGAAUGCCCUUGUUUAUCCUCGGGAUGCGGAGCUAAUCAGGAAUGUCACUUCUGAUAGGAGUAGUAGAUGGACAGUGAAGACUUGGAACUUUCUUUUGGUUUGAGUUUCACACCUUGUGUUUUUUGUGAUGUUAUUGUUUAUGAUUUGUCUGAGUUAUUGAGAGUCCUGUGUUUGUACUGUUUUUAUUUUAUGAUAUGUAUGUAGUUGGUUAGAAGUGGGUCCAAUUUGUAUGAAAAUAAAUACUUAUUUUCAGAGGCUACCAGAGCAUUUAUCCAUAGCAAUUGUGUACAAAAUAACAUCAGCCAAAAGUUCUGUUUUUUAUUAUUUAGGCAUGUCACUAACACAUCACUGUAUAUCAUGUAGCUUAUCCUAAUAUUCUGUGUUCAGUCAUGCAUGAAGUACUUCCCUGUGGCUUUGCUGAUUUGUAAUAUUUUUCCCAGAUGAGGUUAUGUGAUUUGUGACCCUGAAUCCAUCACCACAAUUAGCAAAGCUUUUACUGAUGCUAUUAUUCCUAACAGUUUGGACUGUUCUGGUUUAGAUCUUCUGUAUAGUGAUAGCCUUUUGUGGCAUUUUUUCAUUUGGUUAUUGUGUAACUUGUUAGUUUGAGAACAAAACUAUUUGGUUUUACUUCCAUCCACCAAAUAAUGAACAAGUUCACACACUUUACCUCUGCUGAUUCAUUACAUUAGUCUAAAUUAAUUCAAUUCCUGGGGUGACUGAAUAAAAAUGGACACGAACACACUUGUAUUUAACUCGGCGGAAGCUAACCAAUAUCUAGACUGCCCUCUACAUUCCUCAUAAGAUCUGUGUUGAAACUGGAACCUAUCUUAACCAUUUCCUUCAUUGGUUAAGACAGAUAUUGAACUCAAUUCAAUUCUUUUGGAUACCUAAAUCAAAGGCUAGUGAAGUAAUUUGAAGCAAUGGGUUAGUGAGAUAAGAUCACAUAGUAGCUUGUCUAGAGCAGAGGUACAAACGCAGCACUCCAAGACUUGCGUUUUAGAUUCUUGCUUUUAUUCUUUAUAGUGUUGUGACUUAGUCAUCUGUGCAGCUUCAGUUUGAAUAGAGGGGUUCUGUUGUGUAGAUGGAUGAUUUAUAAUAUUGUACUUGAAACAAAACGGUCGGAAUGUUGAUGAAACUUCCAAAUAAUUGAUGAAGGAUUAGUGGCUAGACCCUCCAUUUUACUAUUCAGAAAUGUAGACGGCAGUGAGGGACAGGACAAAUAUGUAUUUUGAUGUUAAACUACAAUCUAGGAUGUAUUCACUAGGAACGAAACGGAAGGGACCAACCUAAACUUAUCUAAUAAGAAAUGCUGAGUUUUGUUGAAAAAUGUUUUGCUACAGUUUGCAAUGGUGUGGACUAAUACACCCCUGUACACAGGAACUGGGCUGUGUUCAGUACGAGGGGGGAAAUGGUGUGUAACAUUCAAUUAAACGGAAACAGUGCUGUUCGUUCGUUUUUUCAACGACCAGUUGAAAAAACGGGGAGCGAUUGGGUUGGGGUACGCAGUCAGCAUGGCCUCUGCCCUUUUAAAUACGUCACUCAUUGCUUCAUGGGGUGGCAGGGUAGCCUAGUGGUUAGAGCGUUGGACUAGUAACCGAAAGGUUGCAAGAUCGAAUCCCCGAGCUGACAAGGUAAAACUCUGUCGUUCUGCCCCUGAACAACCCACUGUUUCUAGGCCGUCAUUGAAAGUAAGAAUUUGUUCUUAACUCACUUGCCUAGUUAAAUAAAGGUAAAAUAAAUAAAAAAGUCACACCCUACCAAUCAGAGCAAACAUACAUCAAAGUUGGUUCAAGAAAGUUGAACGUUUUCGGAUACGUGUCGUUCAGGACAAACCGUCACGCACCGUAGCAAACGUUUAAUAGAACUUAAAGUACCCCUGAUAUUUUAAAUUGGUUUUGGGCUGCACCUGUCUUUACCUUUUUUGCUUAUUCAUGUGAACUAGUGUGUUACUGUGAUGAUGCCAUACUGACUUGAUAAUAAUACCACACAACUGGGUUAGAAUUACACAUUUAUUGUAAAUAGUUCACCACAUAUCAAUAUUCACAUACUGAUGCACUUCCAUUUCAGUAUCUAUCCAUAGUUUUGUUUUGUGAGAUAUAUGUUUUCAUUAAAAGCAGAUAAGAAUU